AUGCAGCUGACCAAGACUCUCCUCUUCGCCCUCGUCGGCACCGCCUUCGCCUCCCCCAUCGAGAAGCGUCAACUCUCCGUCAUCCAGGGCGCCGUCACCUCCGUCCAGGGAGCUCUCACCAAGCUCAACACCGCUGUCCAGGGCGUUGGUAACGAUGUCGCAUCCGCACAACCUAUUCUGGCUGCCUCCACCGAGGUCCAGAACACCCUGUCAAAGGCCGCCACCGACAUUCAGGGUGCUCAGCCUCUCCAGCUUCAGGAGGCUCUCGGACUUCAGCAGACCGCUACCGAUCUGACCUCGUCCGCAACCACCUUGAUUGACACUCUCGUCUCCAAGAAGCCCAACUUCGACCAGAUUGGUGUCUCCAGCGUUGUCCUCCAGAACCUCCAGCAACAGAAGACCGCCUCCGCCAGCCUCGGAACCGCCAUUGUCUCCAAGGUUCCCGCUAUCGGCCAGGGCAUCGCACAGCAGAGCAUCGACCAGAUCACUGCCGCCCUCGACAAGGGCAUCCAGGCCUACUCCGCUGGUGGUGCCGCUCCCGCUGGUGCCAAACCUGCGACUAACACCACUGCUCCCCCUGCUGCUGCUCCCGCUAAACCCAAGACUCCUGCUGCUGCCCCUGCUGCCCCGAAGACACCCGCUGCUGCUCCCAAGGCCCCCGCUGGGGGUCUUGAGGGUCUGCUCGGUGGUCUCCUCGGUGGUGGUGCGGGCGGUGCUGGUGGCGCCGCCGGCGCCGGAGGCUUGGGUGCCCUCCUCGGAGGUCUCACGGGAGGUGCAGCUGGCGGUGCGGCGGGCGCUGGUGGCGCUGGAGGAAUCGGUGCCCUUCUCGGUGGUCUUACUGGUGGUGCGGCUGGAGGUGCGACGACGAAGGCGAACGUGGUCGAUUUGGCAGAAGACGCAGCAGAGGAGGACGAGGAAUAAAGUACAGACCGGGAUACUCCUUACAGCUUGUUUAGCCUGUAGCAAAUCAUCAUUGAGGCUUUCUUUCACCAUCACAGUUAUCGAUUAAAU